AUGGCCUUAAUUAUAAAUCCCAAUGACCCUUAAAAUAUGUUCUCCAAAGCUGGUAAAAUCACAAGUGAGAAAUACAUAAUCUUCGCUCGUAAAGACGAGAUCCUCAAUCGUAAAAUGGGCAAACGAGUGAAGAGUCAUCUCUUUGAAAUCCCCAUCCCUGAAACCCAAGAAAAACAACUAACUCCAAAUGUUCAGCAAGCCUUAAAAACUCAAUAACCCUUCACAAAGCAAUUAUCGAGAGCAGUUGGCAAUUACACCAAAAUCGGAUGCGACGGCUAACCCCCUUGCGGCUAUUACAAUCCAAAAUUCAAUCAAUUAGAUAAGUACAUCAAUUACUAAAAUAUUUACAGAGCCAAUCACAUAGUUCCUGAUUACCAAAAAAGUCUUGUCAAAUCCACUCCCAGAUAAACUACCAAAAGAGUGCAGAGUGCCAUCAAUUUCGGAAACAAAGAACCCAUACCUGAAAAGCAAGUGUGGAAGAGGGAUUGCUUCGUUGAUAUGUCCAGACAAACUGGAAGGUGAGGAUGUCUAUUGUAUCUAGAUAGGAAGUGUUUUUCGGUUAACCAACGCCACACGAGGAGAGAUUCAACUUUCUCAAUAUAACUACCCAAUUCAGUAAGGUUCCAAGAACUCCGCAAUAUUCCAUGAACAAAUCGCUCUCCAGAGAAUAAAUGACUGUCUAUAAGAGGAAGCAUUAUGCUCCAGAUUACGAGCCUAAUUUUGAAUUUGGCAGGAGGUAACUCAAUACAUGAGAAAAUUCAAUAGAAAAUUAGGCUCUGCAGGACCGAAGUUCGACUCAAAGAAGGGGAGAGAUGACAUCAUGACCAAGAAAUCGGAUUACACUUUUGAAGAAUAUUUUGAAUUCGACAUUUAUUCCAGAUCUUAAAAGAGUCAGAUCUUCAGAGUGCCCACUGCUCCCAACUUUGGCAAAAUGAUCGACAGGGAUCACGAUCACAGAUCCAUAUUGCCGUCCUAUAUGCAGGUAAUACUGUAUUGUGAAUGUAUACAAAUAGAAUUAGCACACGCAAACCAGAAUAGGGAUUACUCAUUUAUCUUAGAAGAUGCUGGAAACCAACAAUUUCAGUGAUGGGAGAUUUUAGACAAUCACAUCUAGUUUUGUGCCUCCUCCGAAGUAGAUCGUUGAGGAAGAAGAAAUCAAAUGA